AUGACUCUCGAGGAGGUUCUGAUCCAGAAACCCGCUGCCCGGGCCCCGUGCACCGGCCAGGCCCUGGAGGAGGUGCUGCUGUCGGCCAAGGACAACCAGUCCCUCACCGUGGGCGUGUACGAGUGCGCUAAAGUCAUGAACCUAGACCCGGACAGCGUGUCCUUCUGCGUGCUGGCCACGGACGAGCAGUUCGAGUGUGACAUCGCUCUGCAGAUCCACUUCACCCUCAUCCAGUCCUUCUGCUUCGACAACGACAUCAGCAUCGUGCGUGUGAGCGACGUGCAGCGCCUGGCCGAGCUGGUUGGAGACAAGGCGGAGCAGCUGGAAGACGCGCACUGCGUCCUCAUCACGAACCCGGCUGAGGGCUCCUGGGAGGACCCUGCUCUGGAGAAGCUGCACCUGUUCUGUGAGGAGAGCCGGCGGCUGAACGACUGGGUCCCGGAGGUCCGCCUCCCGGAGGUCAGCCUCCCCGGCCGCUGAGCUCCGGCUGCUCUCCUGCUCACAGGCUGUGAAGCUUCUUAUCUGAAAUACUCAUCCCGAUGAGGAUGACCCUGUUUCUGCUCAUCCCUGGAUACUCCUGAGGAGGAUUCCCGUCCAGGCAGCACGGCGCCGGCCCCGCGGAGGGGCCCCCGUGACCCGUCGCCUCUUGU